CCCUGUUUAUUUAGUGCCGGCUUACCACCUGUAAGGCGGCAGGCUGUCUGCGGCUCUGGAGGGCAAGGUUCGGGCAGCAUUACGGCAUAAGUGAGAAAUCAAACUUAUAUAACGAGAUCGCCCGAGUUAGACCACGCGACUCCAUCAAGGAUAGCAUUAGUGUAAAGGAAAACGGCCUCGUGUAUCCCAGCGUCUCCGAUGAUUCGCGUGUCUCAAACGGCGUUGUCUUAUCCCCAAACACUGUCGUAAUGAGAGAGCUGCUACGCCGGAACCUUGAUGAAGCUGCUCAUCGCCGAGAUGAUGAUGGCCGACAAGUCAGUCUAUGCCCCUUACAUAUAUAGCAUCCCGAAAGGGACGUUCAUCCCGAGCCACCUCACCUUGAUCAACGAAAGCUCAUCUCGGUUCUCUCUACAGCCGUCGCGUGGCAUGCCACUUCGGGAUCUCAACCAGGCCCUAGAUGAGUUUUAUGACACUCGUGCUAUGCGAUACACGGUUGACCGGUGGGUGGAGAAGUACCCUGUCCAUUCUGCAGUGACAGACGAUGCGGACGACAGGUGGAUGUCGACAUGAACCAGGGAAUGCCGCGAGCAAUAAUUCUGCCUAUUACACCGAAGGUGGUUAGGCUGAUAUAUGGGUAUUAAUCGGACUGGGCAGCGAAGUAUCGUACUCCUCCUACGUUCUCCGGGCGUCUUUCGUGCAGGUCAUGGAUCCGUGCUUCCUUGUAUUCGGGGUUAGCCUGAUGUUAUUGACGAAUACUGUCUCUCUUUGUAAACAAUGCCCUUGUGAGAAAAUAGACGUGUUGAGUGACCUUGC